GCAGCACUUCCCUGCAGCAGACAGACAAUCCAGAGGCUUGGGAGUCAGUAAAGACACAGCCCAGCCCGUCUCAGCACGGCUCUGCACAGCCCAGCCACUUAAAGAGGCUGGGGAGGGGAGACACUAGCGCACACAGCCAAUGCUGCAACACACACAAGGGCGCGCACACUCAUACGCAAACACAGACUUGCACAGACAAACACUCCUCCUCUCUCUCACUCUGGUGCUCGGUUCCGCACAGCCCCUUUACUCAUUUGCCGCUGAUUCACUGGCUCAGUCGCUUGCCCCCUCUGCCAGUCGCUCUGCCUCGCUGUGUUCCGCCUGCCUGCCUGCCUGAGAAUGGUCCAGCCGGUGCCUGAGGGUCUGCUGUCGCGGCCUGUCUGAAUACACGCAGAAACAUACAGAGCCUGUCGACACGCGGAAGCACACAAACACCAACCGGAGAGCAAUGUGAGAGAGGAAGUGCCUUCCCUGAUGUCUGCUGCAGCUUUGACCUGCUUCUCCAGCUGAAGCUCCACCCUCCCCCCUGCCUCGCUAGCUUGCUGCCACAGUAACACGAGUGCAAGGACAGCAGCCACACCAUCCUUGCAGCCUCUGCUCAACGCGGUUCUCUCUCUUCUACCAUCACCAUUCACUGCACACAGUCAGGUUCCAGCCUCAGAUCCUCCCAUCAGACGGCCUUGUGGCCAAACACCACCAGCUGAACCAGCCUUACCACUGCAGCCCUGCACACCACUCGGCCCACACAGCAUUUUUUAACCUUCGCCUUCAACCCCAGAAGCCUCCACCGAGCCUUCAGUGUCUUCACCCUCCCUGAAGCAGAUUUCACCCAGACUGCCACCGUUGUUGCCUGCUUCACUUACCUGAUCGCAGGGCUCACACACCGGCCCGCCGUUUUUGCUUGGGAAUGCUGUAGAUAAGGUCGUUGUGUAUGCAAUAAACAGUGACGGCCAAGCAGGGAGAGAUAACGUUGGAGGAUAAGUUCCUUAGGCGUUUUUUUUUUUUCUUAGCUGCUGUUUGACCAGAGUAAUGAACCGUUAAAAUCAACAGCAGAUGUCCUGCAACAUUUCACCUUGGAAAAGGAUCACUCCCAAUCUGUAGGAGUUUAUUUCAUUUUUUUAAUUAAUCAUUUCAACUCUUUAAAGGAAACGCUGAAACGACACCAAGACAAUAAAAAACAGCUCCCCAACACUUUGGAUUAAUUAGAGCUACUUUAUUUACACGUGAACACAUCUCUGCUAGGAUUCUUUUGAUCUGUGCGCCAUCAUGGCUAUGAACAUAGCGCACAUCCGUGAUACAAAGUGGCUGACUCUAGAAGUUUGCAGAGAGUUUCAGAGGGGCACGUGCUCUCGCUCCGACCAAGAGUGCAAGUUUGCUCAUCCAGCCAAGAGCUGCCAGGUGGACAACGGACGCGUGAUCGCUUGCUUCGACUCACUGAAGGGUCGAUGUUCCAGAGAGAACUGCAAGUACUUGCACCCCCCUCCUCAUCUGAAGACCCAGCUAGAGAUCAAUGGCAGGAACAAUCUGAUCCAGCAGAAGAACAUGGCCAUGCUGGCCCAGCAGAUGCAACUUGCUAAUGCCAUGAUGCCCGGCACACAGCUACCAGCCAUGCCCAUGUUCUCAAUGACACCAGGCCUGGCCACCAACGCCGGUGCAGCAGCAGCUGCUGCAGCUGCAGCUUUUAACCCCUACCUAAGCCCCAUGUCACCAAGCCUGAUGCCUCCAGAGAUCAUGCCCAGCACCCCUGUCCUCAUGGCAUCCAGCCCUAAUGUCAGCCAAGUCCCCAGCGCUGCUGCAGCCCAGAAACUACUGAGAACCGAUAGACUUGAGGUCUGUCGAGAGUAUCAGAGGGGCAACUGUGCUCGGGGAGAGGGCGAGUGUCGCUUCGCUCACCCCGCCGACAGCACUAUGAUCGAAAACAAUGACAACACUGUCACCGUCUGCAUGGACUACAUCAAGGGUCGGUGCUCCAGGGAAAAGUGCAAGUACUUCCACCCGCCAGCCCAUCUGCAGGCCAAAAUUAAGGCUACCCAACAUCAGGUGAACCAGGCCACAGCCGCCGCUGCCAUGACUCAGUCGGCUGUCAAAUCACUGAAGCGACCCCUCGACGCAACCUUUGACCUGGGCAUCGCCCCUAGUGUCAUGGCUCCCCUCCCAAAGCGGGCAGCCCUGGAGAAGGCCAACGGGGCCUCUGCUGUGUUUAACACCAGCAUGCUCCAGUACCAGCAGGCCCUGGCCAGCAUGCAGUUUCAGCAGCAGGCUGCUUUUCUCCCAUCAGGCUCAAUAUUGUGCAUGACACCUGCAGCCAGCGUUGUUCCCAUGAUGCACGGUGGUACUCCAGCCACUGUGUCUGCAGCCACAUCAUCUGCCACAAGCGUUCCCUUCGCAACUGUCUCCACCAAUCAGGACUCUUCCUUAUCAAAGUUGACUACCAACGAAUACAUGCAAUUGAUUCCAAUAAUAUCUGCAGAUCAUCUGAGUAGUCACAAGUACUUGACUCAAAUGUAGUUCCUCUCAAGAACAGGGUAUUCAUCAUCUCUUACAGAUCAAAUGAAUGUGUGCUGGCAUCGUCCACACCAAAAGAUCUCAGCCUUUAUGUACAUAACCUUCAGAAUGUCAAGCAAUGGGACACAGAGGAUCUGCUAUCGAGGGUACAACAUGCCAUGUGCGCCAUCGUCCCACAUACCAAUAACAAAUUUGCUGCCCAAUACGACAUCCAGCAGAAAGAGGAAGAGGAGAAGUUGGUGCCAGGAGUCAGUUGGUAAUGCCUCUGUGGCUAACUCAAUUACAAAACAUAGUUUAUUCGACGGAUCAUCUAUACUGCACAAACAGAAGGUCAAGAGCGUUGUAACCAUAGACCACAUCAAGUGCUGGUACGUUAGUAGACCAAGAUUUUAUUAUUUUUUUCCUGCCUUUUAAUUUCUUUUAAUUGAUAGCCAUAUUUCAUAGUUUACAAAUGAAAUACAAAACAUGCACCUUGAAUAUAAAUUGAAAUUUAAAAGGCACAAUAAAGAAAAAUCUUGUUUGCCAAAUGCAUUGGGCAUGUACAGUAUUGUGUUUUUUUAUGGCUACUAGUGAAACUAGGUGUUGACAUGAGGGUCUUGGACUUAUGAAUGUUCUGGGUAAACCAACAUACCUGUGUACCUUGAAAGUGCAGCCAGGCUAGUUUCUCUCGCCUUGCCAUGUGCCAUCAAGGCCAUACAGAUAAAGCCAGAGUGUUAUCUCAGCAGUGUUAUUUGUUUACCGAAGGUAAAAGUUUUGUAUGGCUCUUUUUUUGUAUUGUUUUUGCUUUAGAAUAUUCAUUGUGAGUGUUUUUUUAAUCUUCUUUUUUUAAUUAAUCAGUUUUAGAAGUGUUUUUUAAUGUGUUUGUUUGAUUUAGUUUUGUUUCCUUUUUUUUAAAUCAAAAUUAGAGGGCUUUUUUGACUAUUGUUUAUACCUGUUCACUAAAGAGUGUCUUUUAAUCUGUCAGAAUUAAUUUGAUCAAGUCCAUUGACUCUAAAGCCUGGUGAAGUCUAAAGUGUAGCUUCAAUUGGCAUUGUGUCCCCCUUCCUUUCUGAAGAGUAGCCACUCUAAAACUGUCUGCAAAGAGGCUCCAUUGUGCUCUGUGUCGAUAAAUAUUCAAACAAUAGACCCAAAGGUCUAUUAGCUCAUUUAAGCAACACUUCAUCUGUUUGAGUAAUGACUUUAUUGGUUCAGUUCCCACUUUUCAGACCAUGACUUUUAACAUUUGCUAAAGUACAGGACAUAUUGUGCUUGUAUCUUAAGCAAAAGCAUGAAGAUUUUUAUCAAGUCGUAGAUCUUUACUCAAACCAAAGCACAGUUUGUCUCACAGUCUUAUUAUAAUAAUCAUAGAGGUUCUAGAAACAUCUUUAAAGAAGCUUAAACCAUUAGGGACACAUUUAUCAUUUUUAAUUACCGGUAAUUGUUGUUUCGUAAUUACUUUCCCUUUAUUUUCCUUUUCUACAAAACGGUGUGUUUUUACUGAUUGUUCUGUACCUAACAAAGCCUUAGAUUAUAAUUAACGGGUCUGUGCCCAAUCAAAUGUCCUCUCAAUCACCAUACUAUUAAAGAAAAACCAAUGAUGUUUUAUAGUUCUCACACAGCACUUGUGAUCUGUUUUUUUCUCAGUGUAAAAGAAAAUAUUACUCUCUUAAAUUUCAUUUAACUUAUGUGUUAUGUACUACUUAAGGAUUUGAAUCUGUUUGAGAUAUGUAGUUUUAGAUUUUCCUUUUUUUUGCCUUACCAUGUUACUUGACAACAUUGAUAUAGCCUUUGUAGAUAUUAAGGUAGAGUGACAUUCAUAACUUUUUCAAAACAUAUAAAGGAUAAACGUGUUGAAUAUUCACUUUGUCAUAUAGCUGGAUGCCUUUCUCAGUUGAUGUUACAUUGUCAGUUAAUUUUUAUUUUUUUAAACGAGAGACGUCAUACAAAGAACAGCUAAUGUGUCGCUGCGUCUCUGAUUGGACAAGAAACUGUUUCAACCAAGUCAAACUUUCCUUGUAACACGUCAAAGUCAUAUUGGAAAAUAUUAUAUUGUGUGGAAAUAUAGACUGUCCAUGUUUUAGAGUAAAAGAAAUACUUUUUCUACUGUAUCCAUUUCAAAAAGAUAUGUAGAUUUCCUUAAAUAUUUCUUAAGUUUGCCCUGAAUGUCAGGUCAAAACGAGCAUUGAGACUGAUGUUUGGUGAGAUUUGGAGUGAGAAAAGCAAAAACUCCUCUGUGGAGGAGUCCGAAAUGCUGCAGAUGAGGAGUUUAAACCUAAGGCGCGAAGGUUGACUUUUUGCACUUCUGUAUAUAGUCAAAUGAACAGAGAAAAAAAAAGUGUAUCAUAUUGAGAUAUUAUUUUGAAUAAAAAGAAAAGAUCUAUAAUUAUAAGGAAUUUUGUUAGAUUAAUUUAAAUUCUUAAAUUAGAAGACCAGCUAAAAUUCGCUUGCAAAGAAGGGCACUAGUUUUUUGGCCAAUGCAUUCAGAGAAAGCUAUGCGCUUUUUGUCUUAUUUUAUAGGUGGCUCGUAAUGCCAGGGAAUGUCGCCGGGGAGUAGAUACCCCAUGUUAUGCUAACUCCACACAUCACAUAGGAUGACAAACUCAAUAAUGUCCUUAUAUCAUGAGUUGGACUUGGUCAUGCAUCAUGCUGCUCCCAUGGUACAGUUAAUAACAAAUCUGUUUGAAAAUGUAUUCUAGUUUAAUUUCACUGCAUGUAAAAGUACAACCAUGUAAUUAAAAAAAAAACGAAACUACAUAGAUAUGUAAGGAAAAGUAACACCUUAAGCAUACACAAUGCAUUUCUUCCUGUCAGUUUAUGAAUACAGUAGAUAACACAUCCACAGUGAGCAGAAACAAUAUAAGUCAUUUUUCUCAUCUGUUUCCAAGCAAACAUGUUAUUUCAAGAGUAAAACCAUAGAAGCACUCAUCCACCCUAAAAAUGUUCUUAUCGAAAGAAUUGCAGCACACGCUGACUCACAAGCAGUUGAUCCUGCUUUCAUAGCUGUGCACUCAGCAGGUGAAGGCUCCUCACCAAAUGUGUAUUUGGCAAAAUAGUCUUUCAAAUGAAUGUAACAGUCGACUCCCGGCUGCUUUGUAUAGUUGCUACAGAACCAAAGCACCGAUUUCUCCAAACAGACACCCAGUCAUCUGGCUGUCCCUCUUCCCUGCUGGGCGCACAUGAACGCUUUGACUGCCUUUUUUUUGUUUUUGUUUUUUUACUUGUAAGUGCAUCUACCUGCUAUGUAUUUGCUAAUAUUUGCCACACAAUAAUGUAUUACUAUGUCAUUGGAUUUGUUUAUGUCCAUUUUAUUGUUGCCAUAACUGAAUCUUGCUGUAUGGAUGAAAAAUUCUGAAUAAAACAAUAUUUGAUUUGCUCAUGCAACAA